AUGCACGUCAAAGAUAAGAUCACCCAAAAUGAUUCUGCGGGGAGAAUUGGAAUUUCUUUCGAGUUCUUCCCUCCGAAGACCGCCCAAGGUGUGCAAAACUUGUACGACAGAAUGGAUCGCAUGCAUGCACUGGGCCCUUCCUUCAUCGAUAUCACUUGGGGUGCUGGUGGUCGACUGUCCGACCUCACGUGCGAAAUGGUGAAUGUAGCUCAGUCGGUAUAUGGUCUUGAGACUUGCAUGCAUCUGACCUGCACGGACAUGCCAACGGAGAAGGUAGAUUCCGCCCUCCAGGCCGCCUACAAGGCUGGCUGCACAAACAUCCUGGCUCUUCGCGGUGAUCCCCCUCGUGAAAAGGAAACAUGGGAGGCCACUCAGGGAGGAUUUCGCUAUGCCAAAGAUCUGGUCAAGUAUAUUCGGGACAAGUAUGGGAAUCAUUUUGACAUUGGCGUGGGGGGUUAUCCGGAGGGCGCGGACGACAAUCCGGAUGUGGAUCUCUUGAUUGAUCAUCUGAAAGAAAAAGUUGAUGCUGGAGCUUCAUUCGUGAUAACUCAAAUGUUCUACGAUACGGAUAAUUUUAUUGAGUGGAUCAAGAAGUGCCAGGCCAAGGGAAUCAAUGUACCAAUUAUCCCUGGUAUUAUGCCUAUUCAAACAUAUGGUGCAUUUCUUAGGCGUGCGAACUGGACGAAAGCUCGAAUUCCACCUGAUUGGCUGGAGACCCUGGAGCCCGUCAAAAAUGACGAUGCCGCUGUGAAAGACAUUGGAAAGGGGCUAGUUGCGGAUAUGUGCAGGAGGCUUCUCGCAUCUGGCAUUAAGCAUCUGCAUUUCUACACAAUGAAUCUUGCACAAGCAACGCAGCUGGUUCUUGACGAGUUGAACCUUCUGCCAUCCGAGGAGACACCUCUUCAGAGACCCUUGCCCUGGCGGCCAUCUUUGGGUCUCAAUCGCCGAGGCGAAGAUGUUCGCCCCAUCUUCUGGCGUAACAGGAACUCCUCCUACAUCGCCCGUACGCAGACAUGGGAUGAGUUCCCCAACGGUCGUUGGACCGAUUCCCGCUCACCCGCCUUCGGAGAGCUUGAUUCCUAUGGCAUUGGACUCAAAGGCACGAACGAACAGAAUGUCCAACUUUGGGGAGAGCCCAAGUCUAUUCGGGAUCUCACCCAUAUAUUUGUCCGUUAUUUGGAAGGCAAAUUAGAUCGCCUUCCUUGGAGUGACACACCAUUGAGUUCCGAGGCAAACGUGAUCAAGGAUAAUUUGAUUGAACUUAAUAAUAGGGGCUUUUUAACCAUUAACUCCCAGCCCGCUGUCAAUGGUGCAAAGUCUUCCCAUCCUGUCUACGGAUGGGGCCCCAAGAAUGGCUUUGUAUACCAGAAGGCAUACCUUGAACUCUUGGUGCCUUCCUACCUACUUGACGAAUUGGUCUCGCGCAUCGAGAAGAACCAGGACCUCACUUAUCAUGCGGUUGCAAGGACUGGUGAACUGCGAACUAACACCCGUGAUAGCCCCAAUGCCUUGACCUGGGGUAUCUUCGCAGGAAGGGAGGUCGUCCAGCCUACAAUUGUGGAAACCAUCAGUUUCUUGGCCUGGAAGGACGAGGCAUACCGUCUAGGUGAAGACUGGGCCAAGUGCCAUGAUGCCGCCAGCCCGAGCAGGAAGCUGAUCCAGGGUGUUGUGGAUAGCUGGUACCUGGUUAACAUUGUCAACAACGAUUUCCACAACACGUUUAGUCUCUUUGAGCUGUUCAAGGACUUGAAUGUGAAAGACCUUGAUUCGGAGGUAUCCGCAGACAACGUCGACGAAAAGCAUCCGGCCAAUGGAGCAGUCCCUGAGGCUAUGGUGAAAAACUAA